GCUGCUGCCGUUUCUCCCCAGCCGCGCCUCCCGCAGGGCCGGGCCUGCUCAGCCAAUCAGCUGGCUUUGGGGCUGGGGAUUGUGGGAGGAGGGCCCAAGCCCCGCUGGAGAAGCCGUUUAGGGUCGGUACCCCAGGAACCCGCCCUCUGGUCAGAGGGACGCUGGGUUGUGGCAUUUCUCCAGCUGCUCCCUACAGGGAGAGAACCCAUGGUGCCUAAAGUCUUGACCUCUGACCCUGGGGACGCCCAGCCCAGGCCUGCCCCAGCACCAACAGUCAGGGGGCAGCAAAUUUUUAACUAGACACACUGAUCAUUAACAGGGUAGGAAGGAGUCCAAACUCAGCCUCGCGCAGGGGCAGAGACCAGCUGGGCUUCAGGCCUCUUGCAGAGAUGCUGGGCCGUGGAGUCUGGUCUUCCCUGAGGCAGGGGCUGAGCAGGGGCUUGUCCAGGAAGGUGGGGGGCUGGGCCUCAGGAGAGGGAAGGAAGAUGGACAUUGCAGGCAUCUACCCCCCUGUGACCACCCCCUUCACUGCCAUCGCGGAGGUAGACUAUGGGAAACUGGAGGAGAAUCUACACAAAUUGGGUUCCUUCCCCUUCCGAGGCUUCGUGGUGCAGGGCUCCAAUGGCGAGUUCCCCUUCCUGACCAGCAUCGAGAGGCUGGAGGUGGUGAGCCGAGUCCGCCAGGCCAUGCCCAAGGACAAACUGCUGCUAGCUGGCUCUGGCUGCGAGUCCACUCAAGCCACGGUGGAGAUGACUGUGAGCAUGGCCCAGGUUGGGGCUGACGCUGCCAUCGUGGUGACUCCUUGCUUCUAUCGUGGCCGCAUGAGUAGCGCCGCCCUCAUUCACCACUACACCAAGGUCGCUGACCUCUCCCCGAUUCCUGUGGUGCUCUACAGCGUCCCAGCCAACACGGGGCUGGACCUGCCGGUGGAUGCGGUGGUCACGCUUUCCCAGCACCCAAACAUCGUGGGCAUCAAGGACAGUGGUGGCGAUGAGCUGUGGGGGGCGUGUGUGCCCUGGCCAAUGUCCUGGGGGCUCAGGUGUGCCAGCUGGAGCGACUCUGCCUCACAGGGCAAUGGGAAGAUGCCCAGAAGCUGCAGCACCGCCUCAUUGAGCCAAACACUGCGUCAGACGGUGUACCCCAAUUCCAUAUUGGGCAAGUCAAGGAGAAGAGCCAAGGUGGAAUGCCUGUCAAGAGCCAGGCAGUGCUGUUCAGAGCCACACUGGAGUCUGAGGCAGGAAGGAAAAUGUGACCCGGCGCUUUGGGAUCCCCGGGCUGAAGAAAACCAUGGACUGGUUUGGCUACUACGGAGGCCCCUGCCGCGCCCCGUUACAGGAGCUAAGCCCCACGGAUGAGGAGGCGCUGCGUAUGGAUUUCACCAGUAAUGGCUGGCUCUGAGAGCAAGGAGAGGACAUGCCUGGCCUGAGCUCAUCUCAUCUUCCUGCCUUGUACCUGGAGCUGAAGAGGCACAUGGGCCUGUUUCCCUAGUUCAGCCUUGCAGGUAGCCUCUGACCAGGCUCUGCUGUGCACACCCACUUCCUAUUUUCAUAGUCCUAUGACUGCUGGCAUUUGUAUCCUGAACUCUGGCUCUCUAGAGACCUUCAGUCUGGGAAGGAGCAAGUGCUUUCCUGUGCCCCAGGACAUGUGACUAGGAGCCAGAGGGGAAGAACGGGCGGGGGGGGGGGGGGGGGGCAACCAGGUGAAAGGAAGGUCAUGUAUCUUACUGAUGGGAAGACCGCUGAGACUUGGGGUAUACACCUGAGCCCAGCACAUGCAGCACAGAGCCCGGGCUAUUCUUAAGAACCCAAGUUCUGACUCCUUCCAGGGAAAGUGGUGGGUUAGGAAACCUGAUCAGAAAAGCACCACUAGCCUUUGAAAUCCAACCCCACCCCCACCCUGUCUGCAUUCCAGACACAGCGCUCUUUCCUAAACCCAUUUUGAUCAUCUCAUAUUCUUAUCUCUAGCCUUGAUCUUAACUAGAGAGCACAGACCCGGCCCAGUGACUUACCAGAAUUGGUAAAUAAUGACACCUGGUGGAUAAAUGUUACAUUCUAGGAGACUUCUAGCUAACCUAGGUCUGAAACAUUAGGGAAGAAGACUUGGCCUGAGACCUGGCCAUCCUCUUGCCUGUAGGCACUGUGCUUUUAUUGUUAAAAAUAAUAUUUUGUUCUUGCAAUAAAGUUGAGUAAGUUAAAACA